AACUAAAACAGCUGUAAGCAAUAUUACCUCGACAAUUUAAACAAAACGUGUUUACACUAGCAUCGAACACGAUUCUUUAAAUAAAUUAAAUAUGACUGAAAUAGAGGGAUAUAGAGUUGUGCCGCUGCGUAUGACCCCGGAUGCCAAGAAUUGUCACAGCGUUUACAUGCGCGAACAUUUCAUACGUUUAAUGGAUCCUAAUAAACCAAAAGGCCGCACUUUAUUUCUGCUCAAUGUUCCUCCCUAUGUAACAGAAGCCAGCCUUAAAACAUUCUUCAAGAGUAAAGGCAACGUCGAGAGCGUUUUGUUUGCCGAGAAACCAGGACGCGACGAGACAACCAACUGGUACGAAGGAAUGGAUGUGCCCUUCUCGAAUGUACAGACACCUUUCAAAUUCAAGGUGGCAUACGUAGUAUUUCAGAAGAGCAGCAGCAUCGGCCGAGCUCUAGCCAUCGACAGCAUCGACAUGUUUAACAGCAGCGGCGAAUGCUUAAUCAAAACGGGCAUGGAACUCUGGCACGACGACUACGUAAAUAACUUUAUAUUAGAUGUGGCUAAGACGCAAAACCAAAUCAAUGCCUAUAUGGCUAGAUAUGAUAAAAGAGAACGUGCCGCGUUAGCAGCAGCCAAAACAAGCGAAGCCGAUCCCGAUGGUUGGGUAACAGUGGGCAAAGAUGGACGCAAUGCGGGCUUUGAGCAAAAGGAAUCGGUUAUUGGACGCAUCGAAAGUAAACUGGAAAAGGAUAAGAAAACCAAGGAACUCAAAAACUUUUAUACAUUUCAAAUACGUGAAAGCAAAAUGCAAAAUAUUGUCGAGCUGCGUAAGAAAUAUGAAGAAGAUAAGCAAAAAAUUGAGCUGCUCAAGAAAUCGAGACGUUUCAGACCGUUUUAGCAUAAUUUAGUUAAGAGUCUAA